AUGGACGAUUCCUCGGACGAUGAACAGCAUGGGUUUCCUAAUUCACAAACACUCCAUGUAUAUACUCCACUUAUUCAUUCGCCAAAAUUAAGUGUUAAACUAGACUGUAAUAUAUAUUAUAAGCUGGAAAACCUUCAACCUUCAGGGUCAGUAAAGAUGAGGGGUGUUGGAAACUUUUGUUAUAAAGCAGUAGAAUCAAGAGGAACGGAUAUUCAUUUAGUUUGUGGAUCAAGUAUGAAUACUGCUUUAGCUGUAGCGUAUUGUGCACGACAGUUGAAUGUAAAUGCAAUUAUUGUGAUGCCGAAGGAGACACCAAGUUCAAUUUGUGAUGCUAUAAGACUAGAAGGAGCUCAAUUGAUUUUGUUUGGAGAGAAUUGGGCUGCAGCAGAAUCACAUGCAAGAAAAUUAGUAAAGAGAAAUGGUAUUUAUGUUCCUUCAGCAGAUCAUGAACAUAUUUGGGAUGGUUAUUCUAGUAUUAUAUAUGAAUUGAAAGCUCAAUUAGGGGACAAUAACCCACCAGCAGCUAUUGUCUGUCCAGUAGGAGGAGGAGGUUUAUUAAAUGGAGUGAUAAUGGGAUUACAAGAAAUAGGAUGGAAAGAAGUGCCAGUGAUCGCUGUAGAGACACAUGGUAGUAAUGCCUUUCAGGCAUCUGUCGUGGCUGGUAAACUCGUCAAAUUAUCGAAAAUAUCUACAAUUGCAUCAGGGUUAGCAUCUAGUUCUAUUAGUUCUAAAUCCUUGGAGCUAAGUUUGGUUCAUCCUGUUGUCCCCUUUGCCGUAAGCGAUGCAAUGGCUGCUGACGCUGUAAGGCUUUUUGCAGGUAAAUUUUUUACAUAG